GCCCUUCAGCCGGCCCGGGGGGGGGGGGGGGGGGGGGGAACGGACACCUCCGUCCCUGGCCGGCCGCUGGGCUCGCUUCGCCGCCGGGGGACGCGUGUGCCGGGGCGGCGGCGGCGGGCGGACCGCUACGCGGGGCCCUGUCCCCCUCGGGCCGGCCCUUCCUCCCCGCCGCACGGCAGCGCCGGGCUGCUGGCUCGGCCACGUCGGAGCGGAGCGGCGGGGGCCGUCCCGGGCGGGGGAAGGGACGGCGCUGGGGAGGCCUCGCCGGGGUACGCGCCGGUCGGAGCCCCCGGCUCGGGGGCGGCGGUCGCCGGGCGGGGGGUGCGCGGGCGGCGGCACUCGCGGGCGGUCCCGCCGCUGCCCUGCGGAGGUGCCUCCCGCACGGAGGAGCGCGAGCGGCCGCCUGCGGUACGCGCAGGAACAGGGGAGCACCCCCCGGCGCCCCCCGCCACCGCUGGAGGGGCGACGGGGCUUGAAUCCACCCCACAGAGUAAAGUCAAUUUCAAUGACUACUUUCACGCAACAGGAAAUAGAAUUUCUGCAGAAACAUGGAAAUGAAGUGUGCAAACAGAUUUGGCUAGGCCUAUUUGAUGAUAGAUCAUCAGCAAUUCCAGACUUCAGGGAUCCACAGAAAGUGAAGGAAUUUCUACAGGAGAAAUACGAAAAGAAAAGAUGGUAUGUUCCUCCAGAGCAAGCAAAGGUGGUGGCAUCAGUUCACGCAUCCAUAUCGGGGUCUUCUGCUAGUAGUACAAGCAGCACACCUGAGGUGAAGCCACUCAAAUCUCUCUUGGGAGAAGCUGCACCCACACUGCACUUAAACAAGGGCACACCUAGCCAAUCUCCUGUUGUAGUUCGAUCUCAAGGACAGCAGCAACAAGAAAAGAAACAAUUUGACCUCCUCGGUGACCUUGGCUCAGAUAUCUUUGCUGCUGCUGCUCCUCAGUCAACUGCUACAGCAAAUUUUGCUAAUUUUGCACACUUCAACAGUCAUACAGCACAGAACUCUGCAAAUGCAGGUUUUGCAAACUUUGAUGCAUUUGGACAGUCUAGUGGCUCGAGUAAUUUUGGAGGUUUCCCCACAGCAAGUCAGUCUUCUUUUCAGCCCCAAAAUACAGCGUUCAGAACGCUUUCAUCUAGCUGCAGUUUUGGUGAAUUUACUUCAGCUUUUCCUCUCCAGGCUGUACACAGUGGAAGUGCUGGAUCAGUGAAUGCUAACUUUGCUCACUUUGAUAACUUCCCCAAAUCCUCCAGUGCUGAUUUUGGAGCCUUCAAUGCUUCUCAGAGCAACGCAACAGCAACUGCAGCCAGUAAAGCUGCAGUGAAUAAACUGAAUCUCCAGUCAGCUGACAAAUAUGCAGCUCUUGCUAAUUUAGAUAAUAUCUUCAGUGCAGGGCAAGGUGGUAGUGAGCAAGGAAGUGGCUUCAGUACAGUAGUGUCAGCGUCAGCAGGUCCUGCGUUGUCAGCCCCAAAUCAGUCAAGUGCAUCUUCAGACAAGUAUGCAGCUCUAGCAGAAUUAGACAGCGUGUUCAGCUCCACAGCAACCUCUAGUAACGCAUAUACUUCCACCAGUAAUGUUAGCAGCAAUGCUUUUGGAACAGUACCCGUGGCUGCUACUGCACAGACACAGCCUGCAUCUUCGAGUGUGCCUGCUCCGUUUGGAGCAACACCUUCCACAAAUCCAUUUGUAGCUGCCCCUGUUGCCCCAGUGGCACCUUCAACAAAUCCAUUCCAGACCAAUAGCCGAGGAGCAACAGCAGCGACAUUUGGUACUGCAUCCAUGAGCAUGCCUGCAGGAUUUGGAACUCCUGCCUCGUACAGUCUUCCUACUAGUUUUAGCGGCAACUUCCAGCAGCCCACGUUCCCAACCCAGGCAGCUUUCCCUCAACAGACUGCGUUUGCUCAGCAGCCAAAUGGAGCAGGUUUUGCUGCAUUUGGACAGGGAAAGCCUGUAGUAACUCCUUUUGGACAAGUUACAGCUGUUGGAGUAUCUAGUAACCCUUUUAUGGCUGGUGCACCAACAGGACAAUUUCCAACAGGAAGCUCAUCAACCAAUCCUUUCUUAUAGCCUUAUAGACACUUUACCCAAAAGAACUCUUAUGUGGUCACAUAACAUCUCUGCGCCUCUUGCACUGUUGUCUUGUUUCACUGAUAUUAGCUUUAAACACAAAAGAAGUCUUUACGAAGUAAAAAUAAAAGCCUGCAUUGUGUACCUUUAAAAAAAGUUAAAAAAAACCACCACCAAAAAACCACAAUACCCAAGAAAAUCAACCCGCCCCCACCCCCCAGGUAAUAACGUGCAAAACAGAGGGCUGUGGUAACAUCCUUGAACCUGUGAACUGGCAGGUAAAAAGUAGCGGUAUCAUGUAUAUUAAAAUUGGCUAAUAAGUUAUUGCAGAUACCACAUUCAUUAUGCUGCAGUACUGUACAUACUUUUCUUAGAAAAUAGCUAUUUGUGCAUAUCAGUAUUUGUAACUUUAACACAUUGUUAUGUGAAAAAUGUUACUGGGAAAUAGAUCAGCCACUUUAAGGUGCUGUUGUAUCUCUUGGAAUGAAUGAGCUACAUCAUUUUAACCAUUGGUAUUCAAAGUCAUGAAGUUAAAUUGAAGGUUUGUUCAUUUCUCAAAAAUGUUUUCCUUUCCUAAGAGCUCUUCUAUUUAUACAUGCCUAAAUCUCUAAUGUUAGAGGGAUACCUGUCUGCAUAAUAAAGCUGAUCAUGUUUUGCUACAGUUUGCAGGUGAAAAAAAUAAAUAUUAGAAAAAAAUAAA